UAUCGAGCGAUGUGCCGCGAGCUCGACAGUCGCGUCGAGGCAAGUCAUCGGGACUUUGUAACUCUCCGUCGGUGAACCACAAACUCGACGCACCAAACAUUUGAAUCAUCGAGAAACUGGACUCGACGUGACCAGCGUCGGUAUGGCAGCCUGCGGUACGCUCCGAUAGGGAUUCGUCGCUGGAUCACCGGAACGGAAUCAUUAAAUCGUAACGCAAUCUCUAUAAAGAGAGAAAGAAAGAGAGAGGAGAGAGAGAGAGAGAGAAAGAGUAAAAUGCCGGUUGACUGCGUAGAGAUUUCGCGAUGACCCGUCCUUGUGUUGGUCUCGGGAACGAUUCGUUCGGCUUUGUCCGCGCUCGGCGGUGAUUCUCGACGAUAAUCGCAGGCUUGUGCGGCAUUGGUGCGUAUUUGGCUGUGCUGUGACAGGUGAGACCGUCCAGGUGAGGUUCGACGUCGACCACGAGCGAAACGUCGAGGGGGACGCAUGGCUAAUCUGGCGGGCAGCUCGUCUUCGGGCCUGACCAGGCCUCCGACCAUGCUCGAACAGCUUCUCGAGGAAAUCAACUUUCAAAGAACCAAGGAGCUUCGACAAAUGCUCAAGGACGAUUCCGGGUUCGUGGUGCUUCAGGGUACCACCUACUGGACGGACCUGUUCGUCCGACAUUUCCUUUUUCAAGCGGAGCACACGAUCGACGGCGACGAUCUGCUCUUCUUCGUUCGCAAGAAGCACGUGAAAACCUCGUCGAGAUACUUACCGAAGUUCGAGACGGAGGUUGACGUUUUUCGGAAGGACAGCAAAAAAUUGCCGAUCGGCGAUCCCGACAUCGACUGGGAGGAAACCGUGUACCUGAAUCUGGUCGUACAUCAAUUCGACUACACGCUCACGUUAGCGAUCUGCACAAGAACGAGCCCCAAGGAAUUGCAAGUUUUACGAAGACACUCGCAAAAAGUGUACGCGAGCCCGAGCCGACGUCGCAUGGACGCGAAGGGAGAUCUCGAAGAGAUGACCUAUCCACAUAUAUGCUUCAUGGUGGAUAAUUUCGACGAAGUUUUCUGUGAUAUUCUAGUGAGGGACGGCGAAAUGGUUUGCGUGGAGCUGGUAGCAUCCGACAGAGAGGGCGCGAUUCAAGGUGUCAUUUUCCUUGGUUCUAUCAGAUACGAUGCGCUGAAGAAAGUAUACGACGCGAGGUCCAGCUUGAGUACCAAAAUGGCGCAACGCAUGACCUUCGGCCUGUUUUCCGGCGCGGCAUCUCAAAGAAUAGAGUUCGUCCGAAUGAAAGGACCUCGCGGAAAAGGGCACGCGGAGAUGGCUGUGACGAAACCCAAAGGAUCGGGAGCGGAAACACCGACCUCGGAGCCAGGGUACUGCGCCACGGAUUCUCUGUGGGACGCGGACUGGGACGACGCCGAGGAAUUGUUCAUGUAUCGUCAUCAGCGAAGGUUGUCGGACCCUAGCGCGAACUUGAACAAUUUUGUUCGAGGCGGCUGGAGAACGAAACCGGACACCGCGGCGAUGAAAGCCAGGUCGGAGAACGAGGGUUUGGACUCGAUGGCAAACGGUCUGAGCGAGAUCGAGGCAGGAGACGUUCGAGACGCCGAUCUACAGGAUAGCAGCUGGGGCGGCCGGGGCUCACCGGAAAAUCACAAGAGUCCUCGCGCCAGACGACGAAGAUCCCCUCUUCUUCCUGAUAGGCAACAACGUCCGAAUCAAAAACAACGUAACUCGUGGGAACAUGGUGGAAACGAGAACUCGCCGAACCGCAAGGAGGCCUAUCACGAAACACACGGCCUCCGAAACCAUCAUCGGCACAACCAUAUCGAGGUCGGUAGCGAGAUACUCGUGCCAGCGGCGCCCUGUCUCACGGACGACAACGUCCGACGGAAGUUGGACGCAGGAGCGAUAAUGGUCCACGGCAAGGAGGAACUGCCGUUGGAAUACGAGGAGGAGGAGCAGGACAAUAAUCGAAAGCGCAGACCGUACAGUACCGGGAACAUCAUCAAUCACGAAAGGAUCAACAAUCUGGAGAACGACGAGGAGCAUCGUAUGCUCAGCGACGACGAAGUGUUCAGAACGAGACGGCCCGUCGGACGUCACCGUCUACGAUCGGCUGGCUCCGAUCACGAGGAGUACUACACCGGCAGGAACAAGAACAAAAACGACGAGCCGAUCAAAGAUAAAAACGCAAACGCGCGUAUCACGCGCGGCAACCUGACCACGCACAGGCACAGCGCUACCCUACCGAGAAGAAGACGAAGACGAGCACUCUCGGGCAGCUUCGCGGGCAACCCACUACCUCCUCAUCGAGUCACACCGGACGGCACAGCUAUCUACUAUUGGUGCGAGCUCCCGCGCCGCCCCGGCUCACAGGAGUUGGACGACGGUGCUUACAACCCACUGUGGACGAUGCGAGGAUUCACUCAGACCUUCCACUUCUGGAAAGAAACUAGACGGGCCCAAUCCGUUCCCCUGAAUGCGUUUCUCACGUACAUUACGUUGCCCUGGUGGAGCAUUGCCAAAGAUAUUCUUGAUCACCGAGAAGGACCUAUUCUGACGUUUUAGUCGACACGAGGUCGUUCCAUUAUCGUUUCUAUGGAGAAGUGUUCACCGUUUCUCAUUUAAUUUUCCACUUUCUACUUAUUUGGACAGAAAACUGUGGUCCAACGAAAUCGAAGAUAUGUAUAGACUAAGAAAUAAACGAGAUACUAUUUACACUUU